AUUUAAGGACUUUUGUUUAACUUCAUUCAGUUUUACUAUUUUAGUUAUUGUUUAUGUACUAAAGUAUCCUCCCUAGAUUUUAACAUCUAUUAAAUUAUGCUCCUCGAACUUUUACAUGUACUAAAUUUUUAAAGAUAUUUUCAACGACCUUAAAAGUUUGGGGGCAUGAUUUGAUACAUGUCAAUGUCAAAGUUCGGGAUAAAAAUUUUAAUUAGCCAAAUUUUAAUUUUAGUAUGCUUUUGCUUUAUGUCCAGUGAAAACUUGACAACAAAGAAAGUCUUACUUGCGGUAAUUUUCAUAAUUUAAUAUAAUAUUUAUAUUUUUUUGAUAAAUUAUUUAUAUUAUUGAGAAAGUAAUAACUAAAACUAAAUACAAUCUCAAAAAGAAAAAAGAAAGUGAUAAUAAUAAAUAAAAGAAUAAAACUCUUUCCUAAUAAAGCGCUUUGUUCUUGGUUUUGUUAGAUCCCCAAAACACAUUUUGGAUGGAUCUCUCUUUACCAUUCAUCUCUUUUUGCACAAUAAUCAUUGGUAAUGUUCUUGAAGUUUUUCUUAACUAUUAUCAUGAUCAUCAUCAUCAUCUAAAUAAUCAUGGCACAUAAUAAUAACAAUAAUAGUAAUAAUAAUCCUUCACGUUCGCCUCCAACGGAUUUCUACAGUAUUUUGGGAAUAACAACAAGUGCCUCAUCCAUCAAAGAAAUUUGCAAGGCAUACAAAUCCCUUGUCACCAAAAAAAACCAUGAUCAUAAGAAUAAUAAUAAUAAUAAUAAUGAUUCCUCACAUCAUAGUAAACAUGGCAACGCCAAUGAAACAACCCACGAUAAGGGUAUGAAUGGCAAAAGAUUAGAGAAAGAAGCUCUUACCAUAAGUGAACCUAUUACCAAGUUAUUAGGGUUUGAUAAUGGGAAGAAGAGCAUGGUUGUGGAUGAUGAUAAUAGUAAUGAUUUCUUUCCAAUGCCGAGGCCUAAAAAUAAAUCAAAGAGUACGAGUAAUACUCCUAGAAGAAGUAAAACACCAACUCCGACAUCAUCAUUGUCAAGUAUUAGAGCUAAUAAUAGUGAAAGCAGGAGAAGCAAAACACCAAACUUGACAAGGAAUAGUAGCAAAAGUAGGAGUAACUCUGAGGAUUUGGAUCAACAAUUCUCAAACUUUAUCUCAGGGAACAGGAGCAGAAGAUGUACCUCUGAAACCCAAUUCAACAUGGCUGCUUCUUGUUCUUCUUCUCCUGCCCAUUCUAGUUUUACGACCGGUUUGUCGAGAGAUAAGAGCAAGAGGAGCACCACUCCUAUUGUUUUCUCUCAAUCGACGGAGAGAAAGAAACCUCCGCCUGUCGAGAGGAAACUAGAAUGCACUCUUGAGGAGUUGCUUGAUGGCUGCCUCAAGAAGAUCAUCAUUACAAGAAAUGUCAUUGCAGAAACUGGGAUAAUAGUCCAAAAAGAAGAAACAUUAUGGGUAAAUAUAAAGCCUGGAUGGAAAAAAGGAACAAAGAUUACAUUUGAAGGGAAAGGAGAUGAGAAACCAGGCUUUCUUCCAGCUGAUAUAAUCUUGUGUAUUGAAGAAAGAAGGCACCCUUUAUAUGAAAGGGUAGGUGAUGAUUUGGAAAUAGUGGUUGAAAUCCCUCUAGUGAAUGCACUCACUGGCUGUUCAAUCCCAAUUCCUCUAUUGGGAGGAGAUAAAAUGACUCUUUCCUUUGAUGAUAUCAUAUACCAUGGCUAUGAAAAAGUUAUUAAAGGACAAGGCAUGCCUAAUAACCCUAAAGAACAUGCCAGGAGAGGCGAUCUUCGGAUUAAGUUUCUCGUUGAGUUCCCCGUCGAGCUCAGCAAUGAACAGCGAGCUGAAGCUGCUGCCAUUUUGCAAGAUAGUUCUUGAUCUUAAUUCAUCUUAUAUUUGUGUAAUUUGUUUGCUUUUUGAACAUGUGUGUAGAACAUAUAUAUAUCUGUGGAGAAUAGGUGGAAAACGCUAAAGAAGUUUCUUUAUGAUUGAUUAUAAAUAAUAGUAAGUGUUUAAAGAUCAAAA